AUGGGUACGGCGUACAAAGAGCUAUUCAAACUAUACGAUAUUAUUCAAAAUGGGACAGAAAGAUCCCUCGAAAGCUUUUUGAAAGAGACACCAAUACAGAUAAACCAGAUAAUACCAUGCAAAGGUAUUGGACUCCUGCACUUAGCCGUAGGCAUAGAACCGGAGGAAAAGUCUAAGAAAUGCACAGAGUUACUGCUCAAACACGGAGGAGAUCCUAAUCUAUGUAAUGAUGACGGGGUAACACCAGUGCACAUAGCGGCAAUAUGGGGCCGUGUGGAGAAUCUGAAGCUGCUGAUAGGCUGCGGAGGGGACCCUGGUCAGAGGGACCUGGACGGCCACUCGGCCUUCGACUACGCGACCAGGGAGGAACAGUGGGACGUCUUUGACUAUCUACACAAUGUUGUAGACCUAACCGACGAUGCUCCAGGUCAUAAGUGUGCUUAUACAUUAGAUCUGGAGAGAGUAUUACUGACAACGGACCAAGUAGUCGCUGAAUAUGGCCCCAUAGUCGACGAAAACCAACAAGAAAAUGCUCCCGCUGCCAGAAAAUCUGAACUUAUCAACGAAUGGUGUGAAAGAAAUUCCUUAGCUAUCAACAAACUAUACCCAACAAUAAUAAGUGAAACUUAUCUCAUAGACAAUGAAUCAGCCCCGUGGAAAAGUACCUAUUUAAAUUUCUCUGAUAAUGUAACUCUUGAUCUCACAAAAGAUAGGAUCUCAGAUACGAACACAAGCUUUAAAUCCUGUAUUUCAAAUAAAUUAUCAGAUGUUAUAAGUGGUGUACAUAGACUAGAUAUGACUUCAGACGAGACGAAGCAGUCUAGUGAAGCAAGCUCCAACGUAAUGAACCAGCGGAUCAGUGUGUAUGAAAACUUUUCCUUGCCCGGCUCACCAAGCAAUAUAACUCACAAGAACUACAACAAUAAAACGAGUUUGAAGAAACAAAGGAAUAGGAACCUUAAUACUAACACAAGUAGUUUGAUCUCAAAUGACUGUUCUCAAGACUUGGACAAUGUUCUGGCCGUGGUUCAGAAUAAGACUAAUGAGUGGUUGUGUACGAGUAAGGGGGAUGUCGUUGGAAAUACCAGGAGGUCAUCAGCCAGUAGCGGUGUUAGUACCUACUCGGGCGGCAGUAUCGUGCUUGCGAAUGUGCAGGAGGAGUAUAAAUACGAGGACAAGGAGGAAGAUGUCGUACUCAUUGAGAAGAGGCUGCUGGUCUCGCCCGUCAUACUUCCAUUAGACGGAGACUCAGAGCCUGUUACUCCAGAUCAUACGAUCGUAUCGGUGGCCUCAUCGCUCCCUGCGUCCGUUCAAUAUGACGAUAACACCCUCAGAGCAGAACUACUCCGCUUAGGCUUCACUCCAGGACCUAUACAGGACACCACCAGGAAUCUAUACCUCAAAAAGCUACAGGCUCUGAAGAAAAACCCUCGGGAUGAUGUGGAGGGACUUUGUGACAAUCUACAAGGACUCAAUAUUAAUAAUAAUCGGGAAAAGAAAUCAUACAGCAUAGAAAUAUCAAAAUCAUUGCGCAAUGCGGAGUGGAUGAACAAUCUCUCUUCAUAUGUGGACUUAGAGAACAAAGCUCGGACUGACUUCAGUGACUCCAACAAGAAGUGGCGGGAAGGAACGGCUAAAACAUCGUUCACAUAUUUACUCCUUGACCCUCGAUUAACCGACAACCUACCUGCAAAGUCAAGCAAGCAGGACAAACAAACAUCCUGGGUCACUUUUGUUAACUCCAUAUUUUAUGUUGGAAAAGGCAAACGCUCCAGACCGUACUCUCAUUUAUACCAAGCGCUAACACUUUGGAAGAAAGAUUUCAAAACAUCAAAAGAUAAAAAAGUUCAACACAUACUAGACAUCUGGUCGGACAAAGUAGGAGUUGUGUGUUUACAUAUAUUUCAAAAUGUGAUACCGGCAGAGGCUUACACGUAUGAAGCGGCGAUGAUAGAUGCGCUGGGAGUAACUAGUUUAAAAAAUCUUAAAGUUGGCAAUUACUAUGGAGUGGCAGCUUCAUGGCCGAUGAAGGAACGUCGUAUGCUGGGGCAAUAUCUCCUGUACAAAGCCAUGCUGAUCUUCCUCAGCGAAGGAGAACGGCAACUGAGGCCAGACGACCUCGACUGA